CCGCCGCCGCCGUUGUUGUUGUUGUUGUCGUCGUCGUCGUCGUGGUGGUCGGACCGACCCGCGGCUCCCCGAGCCGGCUCCGUCCCCCCCUCCCCGCCGCCGCCAUGAAGUGGAUGUUCAAGGAGGACCACUCGCUGGAACACAGAUGCGUAGAAUCUGCCAAAAUUCGAACCAAAUAUCCAGACCGGGUCCCGGUGAUCGUGGAAAAAGUCUCAGGCUCUCAGAUUGUUGACAUUGACAAGCGGAAGUACCUGGUUCCGUCUGACAUCACCGUGGCCCAGUUUAUGUGGAUCAUCAGGAAAAGGAUCCAGCUGCCCUCAGAGAAGGCCAUCUUCCUGUUUGUGGAUAAGACCGUCCCACAGUCCAGCCUAACCAUGGGACAACUUUACGAAAAGGAAAAAGAUGAAGACGGCUUCUUGUACGUGGCCUACAGUGGAGAGAACACCUUUGGCUUCUGAGGGCCAGAGCUGGGCCAGGUGCACCUUCCUGCUUGUGUAUCUUGUAAUAGCGCGUCAUUUUCAGUUACCACACAAGACCUUUCA